CGGAGUUGGCACAAAGGCGACUUGAUGCCCAAGUGCGCAGCGGCACCUUCUCAUGCCAAUGUCGGCAGCGCCCACACCGCCCAUCAGAAGCUACAUGCUCUAUACCAAAGCGUCUUGCAAACAUCGGCCAUUUUGGCGCUUUUGGCGACCGAGAUGACGUGGCCGAAGGUGAUGGACCUCCUGACUGCCAAGCAUUACUCCAUGGGGCACACGGUGUGGCGAGCUGGUCAAGUGCCGAUCGAAAUCGGGUUCGUUUUGGACGGACAGUUUGAGCUGCAACCAGGAACGGACAACAACGCGUGUGGCGGUGCCACGACCAAAGUGUGCACUCGUGGCGCGAGCGUUGCCGGAUUCGCCACGGUCCACCAUCUCCCCCUUGAGUACUCGGUCGUCGCUGUGAAGUACAAAUGUACCCUCAUGACCAUUUCCAAGAGCAAGUUCACGACAGUCUUGCAUCAACUUGACGCGUCGCGAGCCCAAACACUUCAAGACCUUCUCGUAUCAACCCACCAAGACGACAUGCUAGCUCUAUAUGCCCCCGCCGCCGUGGCUCCAUUGGUAAAUACCCGUCUCCCUCCAGCACCAGUGAUGCCACCACCUCCAUUACUCCCCACGACCCUCGCCGUCGAAUAUGAAAGCUCCAGUGGCACGCUUGUGCUGCACGAGCCCGUUCGCAACCCCCGUGGGACGCUCAAGCCCCGGUUACAUCCCAUUUGUGUCAAAGCAAAGGCCAACAUGGUUCGUCGGCUCGAACAGCUUCACGUUCCCGAACACUACCAAGCAGCCGACUCGAUUCCAUCACCGAAAUCUGUGAGCUACCACGGCACUGUGACCAAAAUCAAGCCGGUUGGAAGGCUCCUAAAGGCUCUGGACAAACAGAGAGACCCCCUCGUGGUGCAUGCCGAGCGAGAGCUAGCGUGUGGAAGGGCGGCAUCUUCUUUGCUGGCCCCAACGCCUCACCAUGCACUUCCAACCACUCAUACGCAGUCCGUGCCGUCAUUACCAUCCCUCGUGCACCCACACCUGCGACCCAUCGUCCAGCGUCAAGUGUCCCCCAUCGCCAACAAGCUGUACAUUCGAAUGGAUUCCACGAGCGUUGAAAAACACACUGCCUUCCUCGGUUCCAACGCCCCCUCUCUCCAAUCGCGGACGACCCCCCUCCAGCGGCCAACAACCGUACCAACCCCCCCUCCACCACAAUGAGAUAGCACUACGUCUUAUUAUUUAUGCAUACAACUUGGCUGGAACGUCGAGGCGACCGUUUGCGCUAUGACCCCAGCAUUGCACGCGGCCUGUUCGAGAUAAAAUGCCACACCCGUGAUCCCAUCCCAGCGUCAGCUCGUCAAAUGCAACGAGCUUGGGGAUGUUGGUGACGCCUUCCGUCAUGCCCCAGCACAGCACCGUCUUGUCUCCAGCCUAUGGAACCCACAGCACCAGGUUCUUCAGACUUAAUUCUCAUCAUCAGAAGAAAAGG